AUGGAGGCGAAGGCGUCGAGGAAGAGCGGGGCGUACGUGACGUUCCUGGCCGGCGACGGCGACUACUGGAAGGGCGUGGUGGGGCUGGCAAAGGGGCUCCGCGCCGUGAAGUCGGCCUACCCGCUCGUGAUCGCCGUGCUCCCCGACGUGCCCGCCGCGCACCGCCGCUCCCUCGUCGACCAGGGCUGCGUCGUCCGCGAGAUCCAGCCCGUGCUCCCGCCGGACGGCAGCCUCACCCAGUUCGCCAGGGCAUACUACGUCGUCAACUACUCCAAGCUCCGCAUCUGGGAGUUUGUCGAGUACGAGAGGAUGGUGUACCUGGACGCGGACAUCCAGGUGUACGGCAACAUCGACCACCUCUUCGACCUCGACACCGGCCGCUUCUACGCCGUCAAGGACUGCUUCUGCGAGAAGACGUGGGGCCACACGCCGCAGCACAAGAUCGGCUACUGCCAGCAGCGUCCCGACAAGGUGGCAUGGCCGGAGCAGGAGCUCGGCCCACCGCCGCCGCUCUACUUCAACGCCGGCAUGUUCGUGCACGAGCCCAGCCUCGCCACCGCCAAGGACCUCCUCGAUAGGCUCGCCGUCACGCCCCCAACGCCCUUUGCCGAGCAGGACUUCCUGAACAUGUUCUUCCGGGACAUGUACGAGCCGAUCUCGUCGGCGUACAACCUGGUGCUGCCGAUGCUGUGGCGCCACCCUGAGAACGUCGAGCUCGGCGAGGUCAAGGUGGUGCACUACUGCGCCUCGGGUGCGAAGCCGUGGAGGUACACCGGGGAAGAGCCGAACAUGGACAGGGAAGAGAUCAAGAUGUUGGUGAAGAGGUGGUGGGACGUGUACAACGACGAGACCCUCGACUACGGCUACAAGGGCGCCCCCGUCGCUGGCGAUGACCUGGACGCGGCUCUCGCCGAGGCUGCUGGCGGCAUCAAGUACUUCCCCGCCUCUUCGGCCGCGUAA